AUGCUCACUGAGAAAUUUAUGAAACGACUCCAAGAGUUAUGGAAUGCAGAUUCAACCAUUCCCUCCACUUUAAAAUCCAUCAAUUUCAAUGCCAAUGUUGGAUACGGCUAUCAAGGUGAGGAAAACCCCGCCACUGUGCUCGUCAUUAAAGAAGGAACUGCCAUUCAAGCCAAAAUGUAUGAAGGAGAGGAAUUGGAUUGGGACAUUCGAUGCAAGCAAGAGAAUUGGAUUUAUUAUAUGAAGAAUGGUUUGGGCCUCACUGCCUUAGCAUCGGCCUACAGCAUGGGAUGGAUGAAAUUCUUGAAAGGAGAUUACUUUGCCAUGAUUAAGAAUCCAUCCAUGAUCGGACCCUUCAUUAAGAGUUUUGAAUUAAUGUCGCAAGUGUAUAAAGAACAACAAUAA